CCACGCUCAAGCUUACAAGCCUUCGCUGUGUUGACAGCGGUGCCGGUGUGCUGCACACAGAUUCAUAUGAUCGGGAUUUUUUUCUGGCCAUCCAUCAGAUGUGAUCAAGAUAUCCAAACUUAUUUAUAAGCCGAACUUUAAAGUUGAUGAAGAUGCAGGAUGAUGCGCGAUACCUCAAACGCAAAGUGACUGCCGGUAGUUUAGAUGUCCAUCCCACAGAGAAGGCUCUUGUGGUUAAUUAUGAGGUUGAGGCAUCUGUCCUGGGAGAAGAUGGAGAUCCGGUGCUGGGUGAGCGCAAGGAGGGACAAAAAAUCAUCCGUGUGAAAAGCCUCUCUCCCACUACGGAUCUGUCAGCAUUGGCUAAGAAAGUUGUGGAAGAGUGUAAACUCAUUCCCACCUCCCGUUUGUCCCAGGUGGAGCAGCUCCUCUAUUACCUGCAGAACAGGAAAUCAUCUCCUGUGGAGGGCAAAUCAAAAGAAAACAGAGAAAAAAGAACAGCUAAGCCCAGAGACCUGACACCAUUUGAAGGGAUGGAGUUAAACGAGGAAGCUAGUAUAACCCAAGUGGACGAGUAUGUUGAGCUGCUCUACGAAGGCAUCCCAGAGAAGAUCAGGGGUUCUGCUCUCAUCCUACAGCUCGCUCGGAACCCUGAUAACCUGGAGGAGCUGCUGCACAAUGAAGCGGCUCUAGGUGCUCUGGCCAGAGUACUGAGGGAGGACUGGAAGCAGAGUAUUGAACUAGCUACCAUUAUCAUUUACAUCUUCUUCUGCUUUUCCAGUUUCUCUCAAUUUCACGGAGUUGUGAGUCAUUAUAAGAUAGGAACACUGUGUAUGAGUGUGGUGGAACAUGAGCUGAAGAGACACGAUAUGUGGCGGGAAGAUUUACGGAAGAAAAACAAGGCUUGUGAGUCAGCACCAGAAAAUGGCUCUCUCAGAAGAGACCAGGAGAAAGCUCUGAGAAAGUACCAAGGCCUCCUGGCUAAGCAGGAGCAGCUGCUCAGAGUGUCUCUUUAUCUCUUGCUGAACCUUGCCGAGGACACAAGGACGGAGCUGAAGAUGAGAAAUAAAAACAUUGUUGGUUUGCUGGUCAAAGUUCUUGAACGUGAUGACGAAGAGCUGCUAGUCCUGGUGGUUUCAUUCCUCAAAAAAUUAUCAAUCUUCCUGGAAAAUAAGAAUGACAUGGCGGAGGUUGAUACAGUGGAACGAUUAGCACGUCUCAUUCCCUGUGAACACGAGGACUUGUUAAACCUGACUCUGCGGUUGCUGCUCAACCUCUCCUUUGACUCAGGACUCAAAGCCAAGAUGGUGGAAGUGGGGUUGUUACCUAAGCUGACAGCACUGCUGGGUGACGAGAACAACCAGCAGGUAGCCAUGCGCAUCCUGUACCACAUCAGCAUGGACGACCGGUUCAAGGGCAUGUUUGUUUACACUGACUGCGUACCUCAGCUAAUGCAGAUGCUGUAUGAGCACUGUGAGGAGGACAUUGAAGCUGAGCUCAUCUCCCUCUGCAUCAACCUGGCUGCAAACAAGAGGAAUGCACAACUCAUGUGUGAAGGAAACGGACUGAAGAUGCUCAUGAAGAGAGCUCUGAAGACAAAAGACUGCCUUCUGAUGAAGAUGAUCAGAAAUAUCUCGCAGCAUAACGGGCCAACCAAACCACUCUUUAUAGAUUAUGUGGGUGACCUGGCAGCAGAGAUCCGUGCUCAGGAAAAGGAAGAGUGGGUUCUGGAGUGUCUGGGUACACUGGCCAACCUCACCAUCCCUGACCUGGACUGGGAAUUGGUACUAAAAGAGUAUAACCUGGUGCCUUACCUCAAAGACAGACUCAAACCAGGCUCAGCAGAGGAUGACCUCAUCCUGGAGGUGGUCAUUAUGAUUGGAACGGUUUCCACUGACGACGCCUGCGCCGCCAUGCUGGCUAAGUCUGGCAUAAUCCCUGCUCUUAUUGAGCUACUGAACGCCCAGCAGGAGGAUGAUGAGUUUGUGUGUCAGAUUGUGUACGUCUUCUAUCAGAUGGUGUUUCACCAAGCUACCCGAGACGUCAUCAUCAAAGACACCCAGGCGCCAGCUUACCUGAUAGAUCUGAUGCAUGACAAGAACGCAGAGAUCCGGAAAGUGUGUGAUAACACUCUCGACAUUAUUGCUGAGUACGAUGAGGAGUGGGGGAGGAAAAUUCAGUCGGAAAAAUUCCGUUUCCACAACAAUCAGUGGUUGGAGAUGGUUGAGAGUCGCCAAGCUGAUGAGCCCGAGCCUUAUCUGUAUGAUAAUGACAAUGAUAGGACCGAUCUGUUCUACAGUGCAGAUGGAAUAACUCCAGGAGAUGGCUCAGUCAGUCCAGAUUUCUUCAGCGACCUGCAGACUCAGAAUGGAGACUAUCACCUUGAAGGGGAUGUGAAUGAUGUCUUCGACCAGACCAGUUCAUCACCUGGAAGACCAGCCACUGCUUACGGGUUUAGACCUGAUGAACAACCUUUCUAUCAGUACUCAUAAACACAAACAUGUCUAAUUCUGCAUGUUCAGCUUUUUCACUACUCUAAUCCCAUUGUCUCCGCUCACCCUAUUGUACUUAUUUAGACGGUGGUCAUACAAGCUGUAAUGUAUCACAAUGACUAAUAAUAAUAAUAAUACUGUAAGUUUAACUAGUUCUGCUUUAAUGCAGUUACCCUUUUUUUUAUUCAUUCACCAUUAUAUCAAACAGACAAGUAGUUGAGUCUUCCUUGCCACAAGCGUCUUGCAGUCAUCAAAUUGUGUAAAGGAGUAUAAAUGGAUAUUUGUGGAAAUGUAUGUUGAUAGACUUAGCAUGUUUUUACUGUGUAAUAUUUAAUAUUUAUUAUUACUUCAAAUCCGCUGAAAGAACAAACAUCUCAUUGAUGAAAGGAUUGACACCAACCAGUUUUUUUUAACACUACCAUUUAAUUUUCUUAUUAACAUACAGUGAAAUACAUCUAGGUUUGUGUCUGUGUAACUGUGAAAUGGGCACAGUUUUGUCACAGUUUUACACUGGUAGGUUAAUUUGGACCAGGGUAGAGACUUACCUGUUUCUGUAACAUGAGUUAAAAUGGUCCAAAUUUAAGUUACAGAUUCAGGGAACAAGGACACUAAAAUGGAGAACAGAUUCACCCACAGGAGAACCUAAUGUCUGACACUUUGGCCAGAACUUCUGGUUCAGAUAUGCUGGUAGUGACCCAUGUAGCCACAAGCCUGCAGCAGAGAUGAAGAGCAAGCUACACAGGUAGUAAACCUUCUUAUACUCUUAGGAUGAAGCAGGAAAGUCUAAUUUAAGUUCAAACCCAAUGGAAAAGUGAAGACACAUGUUUACUCUAAGCUGGGGAAAACAAUGCUUCAGCUAUACAGUAUUUCAUAUAUUUAGUCUGUUUUGGCCAAGACACAAAGGUUAUAUCUUCCUGGUCAAAAAGUGUCACUGUUGUCAGACUUUAACAGUAUUAAAUUUCUUCAGUUUGUAGAAGCGAGGAGGUAGAGCAUCUGUUCCUACCACUCUAAAAUAAAUACAUGUUUUUUAGUUGAUGCCAUGCAGUUCUGAUACUCAUUCUGUUUUAUAAUGUCUUCAUAUCCAUAAGAGGGGGCCAUCAGAUCACUGGCAGCUGUUGUUGCAACCCCAGCUGUUCCUUAACUAAACUAGAUGUAAGGAGAGUCGUGUUAUCUGUCAGCAGGACACUGACAGCAGCUACCUAAUGUAUUACUUUUAAGCAUAUUUUGCACAUAUAGUUUAAAUUUCGUGCAUGUAUUUUUUUUUCUUACAUGUAAAUGUUUAUGUACUUUUUUGUAAUAGCAUUGCUACAUGUUCGGACACUACAACUAAGAACAAGUAAUGGAGUAGCAAUCCUCUCCAUCUCCCAUGGUCAUUCAUCUUCAGGUUCUUUAAGUAAAUAAUCCCACAUUUUAUAUGAAACGACUUCUUUUUUGCAUUCACAGUUACAUGCUGGGUUUUUUGGAUGCUUUAUGGAGGGCUCUUUUCAUUAGUUUUCUUUAGUUAAUAAAAUUGUUUUAGAAAACUG